AUGAGAGAGAGCACUCAUCUUCAUCAAACGUCAUCAAGAUUAGGCCAAAGGAACGCUGGGGGCGAGAUAGUGGAAGUCGAAGGAGGUCACGUUGUGAGAUCCAUUGGUCGAAAAGACCGGCACAGCAAAGUCUGCACCUCCAAAGGCCCCAGAGACCGUCGUGUCCGGCUAGCUGCACACACUGCAAUUCAGUUCUAUGACGUCCAGGACCGCCUUGGCUAUGACCGCCCGAGCAAGGCCGUCGACUGGCUCAUCAAAAAGGCCAAGGCAUCCAUCGAUGAGCUCGCACACCUGCCGGCCUGGAAUCCCAUCACUGGUUCUGAAGCAAAUGUAAAUUUUGAACAAGAAGCAGCACAAAAACAACUAGAGGAAAAUCAGCAGCAGUAUCUUAAUCAAGAACUGCACGAAAGCAGCACUCCUGAUCUGAAUGUGAACAACCCUGGUUUUCUGCUUCCAUCCAUGGAUUCUGAUGUUAUUGCGGACACCAUCAAGUCCUUUUUUCCAAUGGGUGGUUCAGCUGAGGCAAGCUCCUCAGCUAUGCAUUUUCAGAGCUUCCCAACUUCAGAUUUGCUAUCAAGAAUCAGUAGUCAGAGCCAAGAUCUGAGGCUCACUUUACAGUCUUUUCAAGAUCCAAUUCCGCUCCACCACCACAACAACGAACAGCCUCAGCGUUAUCAAAGCCCCAGCAACCACACUGAACAAGCCCAUGUUCAAGCACAAGUCAUAUUCACUGAAACCACUCCACUUCCACUAGGGUUUGAUGGCAACACAGGCUGGUCUGAACACCAUCAGCAGCCCAGUUGGAAUACCAGUGGAGACUCCGCAAGUGGGAGUGUCGGAUCAACAGGAUUCUUGUUCAAUUUGCCGCCAGCGGGGCAGCCAUUAGGCCAAAACCAGUUCUUUUCUCAGGGGGGACCCCUUCAGUCCAGUAAUACACCUUCUUUUCGUGCUUGGAUGGAUCCAUCGGCGAUAACCAUCGCUACCGGUGAUCAUAGCCAACACCACCACCAUCACCACCAUCCAGAGUUUGAGCCAAUUUAUCCAACAUCAAUAUCUGGCGUUGGAUUUACUUCAGGAAUAGACACAUUUUCUGGGUAUCACUUUCCUGCACGAAUUCAAGGUGAUGAAGUGGAUCAUGAUGGAUAUUCUGACAAACCAUCACCUGCUUCUUCUGAUUCUCGCCAUUGA